AUGGCAAUUACUGGUCACUGCCUCUGUAAGGCUGUUACUUACAGCAUUGACGUUGAUAAACCCAACGCCGUUGCCUAUGACCACUGCGAUGACUGCCAACGCUACACUGGUUCCACCUACGCCCUCUUCGCCAUUUUCCCUAAGGACAAGGUCACGAUUGUGGGGCCUACCAAGAGCUUCGCCAUCAAGGGAGGUUCAGGCCUAAAGGUCUACCGCACGUCCUGUCCUACAUGUGGUUCUGGGGUCGCCCAGUCCCCUGAUGCGGCUCCAGAUAUUAUCGCCAUGAAUGGUGGCGGUUUGGACCGCGAAUUCAAGAAGAAACUUGAGCCAGACACCGAGUUCUGGACGGCCACGAAGCUUCCUUUCUGUCAUGAGAAUCUGGCUCACGCCUUUGAGCGCAUGCCCCCUCCGCAAUAAGCGACGUCCAACGAGCUGUACAGGUAACGCG